AUGGCCAUAUGGGUUCUUUGUCACCUUCUUCUCUUCCUUGUAUUAGAGCCCACAAAUGCAAAUUUAGAAGGGGAUGCUCUUUUUGCACUGAGGAGAGAAGUUCAUGACCCGAAUAAUGUUUUACAAAGCUGGGAUCCGACCCUUGUGGAUCCAUGUACUUGGUUUCAUGUCACAUGUGAUUCUCAAAACCGUGUAACCAGACUUGACCUUGGAAAUGCAAAGCUAUCUGGUAAGUUAGUUCCUGAUUUGGGGAAGCUAGAGCGUCUUCAAUAUCUGGAAUUAUACAUGAACAAUUUGGUGGGUCCAAUACCUGCUGAACUAGGAAAUUUGAAGAGUCUUAUAAGCCUGGAUCUUUAUCAUAAUAACCUAACUGGAUCCAUCCCUCCAUCUUUAUCCAACCUCUCCAACCUCAGAUUCUUGCGUCUGAAUAGAAACAGGCUGACUGGAAGAAUACCAAGGAAACUUACCAAGCUUGGAAACCUGAAGAUUCUAGAUGUGUCCAACAAUGAUUUGUGUGGUACAAUUCCAUCAACUGGAUCAUUCUCUAAGUUCACUGAGGACAGUUUUAAGAAUAACUCAAGAUUAGAAGGGCCUGAGCUGAUGGGGUUCGUGAGAUACGAUGUUGGAGACUGCAACUGA